GUCCCGCCUCCCGGGGUCAGCGAAGCCAAUGGACGCCUAGGCACACGAGGCAGUGGCCGUAGCGAUUGGACAGCGGCGUAUGAAAGGGGCGCCGCCUUUUUAUCAGGCGCGGAGGGCGGAGGCGCCGCCAAGCCCAGGCAGCUGAGUUGAGCGCCACCCCACCUCCGACACAUGGCCCCGGCGUCGCUCGGCAUGAACCCCCCUGGGCUCAGGACGUGCGGCCGGGGCCGCCCGGGGCCCGGCCCUCUGCCCUUCAGCGUGGAGUCGCUGCUGGAGGCGGAGCGCAUGCUGGGCCCGGAGCCCGUGGAACCCCGGGAGGAGAGGCCGCCGGGCGCCACGGAGCCCCGGGCCUGGUUCCCUUCGGCAGCCCGGCCGUCCUCCCCAAGCGCUCCGCGCUCCCCGUCCUGCACCCUCCGAAAGCACAAGAACGACCGCAAGCCGCGGACGCCCUUCUCCACGGCGCAGCUGCGGGCGCUGGAGGGCAAGUUCCGCCAGAAGCGGUACCUCUCCGUCGCUGAGCGCGCCGAGUUCUCCAGCAGCCUGAGCCUCACCGAGACGCAGGUCAAGAUCUGGUUUCAGAACCGCCGCGCCAAGGCCAAGCGGCUGCAGGAGGCCGAGCUGGCGAAGCUGAAGCUGGCGGCCAAGCCGCUUUUGCCUCCAUUCUCCCUGCCCUUCCCCCUGGGCGCCCCCCUGCACGGCUCCGCGGCUGGGCCCGGCGGCGCGGCGGGCCCCCUGCCGCAGGUGCCGGGCUGCCUGGCCGCGCCCGUCGCCGCCUACGGGGUGUACUACCUGUCCUAGGCGGGGCGGGGCUGCGGGGAGGGCCCCGCGCGGACUGCCGCACCCCCUCCCUGCGCUCCUGUUCUUCAUUGCUUUUUCAGUUUUUGUUUUUGUUGUGUUAAUACAGUGUUUUAAGAAGG